AUGAGCGCGAUGAUGCCGCCUGACCCCGGCAGCUUGAUAUCAGCCACGGAUAGGAUCGGUGGAUUCGCUUACGGGCUCGGCGUCUCCAUUGGUAUACUUCUCCUAAUUACCACAAUUACCCUCGCAUCUUAUUAUUGCACUCGUAGCCAUAUAUCCGCCUCUUCCACGACCACUCCAAGGACAAGACGCCGACAACAAGUACAGACCAAUGGAACUUCGCCACCUGGCGAAGAACGGUUUUACUUCAGCGACGAUGACGAAAACGACACCGUUGUGGUGGUCGAAGUCGUGGGGCUAAACGAGGAGGUUAUCAAGAGUUUUCCUAAGCUUCCGUACGAAGAGGCUCGUGUGAGUUAUAGCUUGCAAAAAGAAUCCAGUGCGACGUCGUGUUGCUCAAUAUGUCUUGCGGAUUACAAGAAGACCGAUAUGAUCAGGGUUUUGCCGGAUUGUAACCAUUUGUUCCACGAUCAAUGCGUUGACCCUUGGCUAAGGCUUCAUCCUACAUGUCCCGUAUGUCGCACGUCACCAUUGCCGUCGCCGGCGAUGACACCUGUUGCCGACGUUGUUCCUUUUUCCCGCCGGCCGAUGGAUAUUUGA